CCCAUUUAUAAUCUUUAAGCAUCGCUCUUACCUUGCAUUUUGCAGUCUUUAUCUUGUACCCGCCAAAAUUUCUCUUUCUAAUAUAUAUUUAAUACCGUUGUAGUCUCGUCUACAUCACCUUACUUUAUCCGCUCGUUAACCUUUUCUUCAUCUCCCACAGCGAUCGUCCUCUUUUCUACACUCUAAUAUUUAGCACGACUAAUUCUCCGAUUGGCGGAAACUCACUAGGCGGGCAAUGGAGGACGUGGAAAGCCAACGGCGCUUCUCGGAGAAAUCUGCAUACUCGGGCACAUCCAACGACCAACCCACCCUAACAGAAGAUACAACUGCUCCGGCUACCGCUACACCAACACGUCCACUGUUUCCCGAAACCGACCUCAGUCGAGGCAUUGUGGGAUGGGAUGGGCAGGAUGAUCCUCACAAUCCACAGAAUUUCGCCAGUGGGCGCAAAUGGGGCUUGCUCGCCCUGAUCAGCUCCAUCACCUUUAUCUCACCCCUCGCAUCGAGUAUGUUCUCUCCAGCGGUGGGCUACGUGGGCAAAGACUUUGGGGUAUCCAACGAAUACCUUCUGUCAUUUAGUGUUACUAUCUUCUUGCUGGGAUAUACGAUUGGACCCCUUUUCCUCGCCCCUCUUAGUGAGAUCUACGGUCGUCGCAUCGUGCUCAGCUGCGCCAACUGGUUCUUUGUGGUAUGGCAGAUCGGCUGCGCCCUCGCGCCCAAUAUCUCCGCUCUGAUUGUCUUCCGCCUUCUUGCCGGUAUGGGCGGUGUCGGCAGUCUCACGCUCGGCGCCGGUGUCAUCGCCGACCUUUUCCCCACCGAACAACGCGGCAUGGCCACUUCCAUCUGGGCGCUCGGCCCUCUGAUCGGUCCCGUCGCCGGGCCCAUCGCCGGCGGUUUCAUCGGCGAAACCAUCGGGUGGCGCUGGGUGUUCUGGAUCCUGCUCAUCGCCAGCGGGUGCAUAUCCGCAGGUAUCGAAGUUCUCAACCGGGAGACCUACGCCCCUGUCCUGAUCCGCUGGAAGACGGAAAAGCUCGCCAAGGAACUCAACCGGAGCGACCUGCGCAGCGCGUACGACAAAUCCAGCAGCCAGGGCGGGCCCCGUCUCAGCGAGGCUAUGAAACUCGGCCUCAGCCGCCCCUUCCUUCUCCUCUUCAAGUCCCCCAUCGUCCUACUGCUGUCCGUCUACAUGGCCUUCGUCUACGGCCUGCUCUACCUCUUCUUCACGACCAUCUCCUCCGUCUUCCAGGAGGAUUACGGCUGGUCGACGGGCAUCUCCGGACUCGCCUACCUGGGGAUCGGCAUCGGCUUCAUGACGGGACUCGCCUUGAUCGCCUUCUCGAGCGACCGCAUCGUCGCCAAGCUGACCGCGCGCAACGGGGGCAAGUUCGAGCCCGAAAUGCGGCUGGUGACCAUGAUCUUCUUCAGCUGUAUCCUGCCCAUCAGCUUUUUCUGGUACGGCUGGUCCGCCAAGUACAAAGUGCACUGGAUCGUGCCGAUCAUCGGCAUGGCCCCUUUCGGGAUCGGCAUGAUGGGCAUCUACAUGCCCAUCCAGACCUACGUUAUCGACUGCUACCCGGCGUACGCGGCGUCGGCCAACGCGGCCCUCACGGCCACGCGGUCGCUCGUCGGCGCCCUCCUGCCCCUCGCGGGCCCGGCCAUGUUCGAUGCCCUCGGGCUGGGGUGGGGCAAUUCGUUGCUCGGGUUCAUUGCGCUGGCGUUUGUGCCGGUGCCGAUUCUGUUCAACCGGUAUGGCAAGACGAUUCGGGAGAAAUUCCCCGUGGAUCUGGAGGGGAAAAGGGGGAAGUAAGCUCGGGGAAGUGGUUCCGGGGGCGGGUUCUCGUCUGAUGUUUCGGGUGUUGUGUAGAGUUAUAGAGGUACAAUAGACACGUCUCUCCUUCAAUCUGGUGGGGCUGGCAGGUAGCAAGCGGUACGACUCGGGUGUGUUGGUCCUCCGUCGCCCGCUCUGCUUUGCCCGCAGGCUACUCGUAAUUCCAUUUCAAAAUGGCCUAGGGACUGGAAUCAAAAGCAUUCGUUAUUCUAUGAGUAUUUGCGUGUUCUACUUUUGGUCGGUGUUUCUAAAUGUUAGGUCAUGAGAUUUGAGGCAAUUCACCAAGCGAGUUGCCCAUCUUCAAAUCUCAGCUGGUUCAAC